CGACGCUGUGAUGUGUAGUAAUAUCAUUAGUCCACAUUCAGGAGUCACCUGCUGGCGUAGCACACUUUAUUCAGGAAGGUGGUUGAUAAUUAAAGUUAGCUCUACUCGACAGCUCAGACAGACGUUAGUUAGCGGAGAACCAACUGACGCUGGUCUUCGGAAUUUGUCGCUCAUUGGGAAGGAAUGGAGAAAGCCAAACAAGAUGCAUUUGAUAACGCCAGACUCCAAGUGAUCAAAGAUGGCUACGAGAGGGCCUUUGAGUGCCUCAAUAAAGGACUCACAGCAGACGAAGCUGGAGACAAGACGCAGGCCAUGGAGCUCUAUAAGCGAGGACGACAGCACCUUCUCAGGGCCAUCAGUGUGCCUUCGCAGGGGGAUGAGUGUGUCGGUGGCUCGUGGGAAUCAGCCAGACAGAUGCAGGAGAAGAUGCAGGAGACACUGAACAACAUCACCACCCGCCUCGCCAUACUGGAGACCAGCUCUGACCUGCCGUCUGCACCCAGUGCUCCAGACAUGUCUGCACAAGGUCUCUACCCAAAUCUACAAACCAAAGAGAAGGCAGAGAGGCCACUUCCAAUAAACCAGCUUUCUGCUAAUGGCCAGCUGGCUGGAGCUGUGGGAGGCAGGCCUGCAGGAAGUGGUCUCUCCCCUGUGGUUCCAACGGAACAGCCUCCAGCUUACUCUCCUCAGGCAGCUGAUGGCCAUCUAUCCAUCUCAUAUGGGACAGAGUCAGGGGAGAUGUCAUUGGUGGGGGAUGAGUUCUACAGUCGCACAUCUAACUCGACACCAUCUCUUCAGAGUGUGGGUGAAGAUGGAGAGGAGAUGCUGUACAUUCCUCAUGGUGUGCAGAUAUUUUAUGUCACACCUGAAGGGCAGGUGAGCGCCCCAUCAUACCCGGGCUACCUGCGGCUGGUGAAGUUUACCAGCAAUCCCUCUGACAGAGAAACCACUCGGCCGCCAGCAUUUCUUCAGGUGUGCGACUGGCUGUAUCCUCUAAUGGCCAUGGACUCUCCAGUGCUGCUGUGCAACACUGGUGUGUUCAUGUUUCCGGACAUGAUGGCACCAGCUCCAGGCUACUAUGUGGGUGUGGUGCUGUCCUCUGAGCUUCCUGCUGCAGACAGAGAGCUGUUUAAGGAGUUGUUGUCCCAGAUGACAGAUCUGAGGGUUCAGGCUCCAGAUGAAGCUGCAGAAACCAUUAAUCUCAGCCAGAAGGUGUCUAUCGUUACACCAGAGGAGACUGCACCGGCAGAGACAGAGGAGGAAAAACCUCUGCCCGAAUGGAGUGAAAAAGUGGCAAGUGGGAUCCUGACGGGUGCGUCCUGGUUAAGCUGGGGUCUGGUUAAAGGAGCCGAGUACACAGGCAAGGCCAUUCACAAAGGAGCAUCUAAACUCAGAGAACACAUCACCCCGGAGGACAAACCCGCCCAAGUCAGCCCCACAGUCACCAAAGGCCUCCAUGUUGCCAAGCAGGCGACGGGAGGAGCCGUCAAAGUCAGCCAAUUUCUAGUGGAUGGGGUGUGUGCUGUCGCUGGCUGUGUGGGUCGAGAGCUAGCUCCACACGUGAAAAAACAUGGAGGCAAGCUGAUCCCAGAGUCUAUGAAGAAAGACAAGGAUGGGCGUUCAAACAUAGAUGGAGCCAUGGUGGUAGCUGCCAGUGGAGUGCAAGGUUUUGCAACCAUGUGGACUGGUUUGGAAGCAGCAGCAAAGGACAUAACUACAAGUGUAGCAACAGAGACAGUAACCACCAUAAAACAUAAAUUUAGGGGUCUACAGACCACCUUUGACCCACGUAAUGAGAAGAAGUGUACGGGGCUGCAGCCGGACAAGCCACAGACCACGCCGUCAAUUCUGCCAUCAAUGUCGGUCUCACUGCCUUCAAUAUUGACAACCUGGGGAUCAAAGCUGUGGUGAAAAGGACUGGCAAGCACACAGCACAGGCCAUUUUGGAAGACUACAAGCUUCAGGAAAAACCAGAGAACGGGAAGCAGGUGCAGAAGUUGGAUAAAUAGCUCGUCGAGUCCUGCCUCACUUUCUCAGCAAUGCCUUAAAAGAUAAUUUGUAUUUUCUAUGAAAUAAAUCUAUAUUUAAGAGUAAUUAUUUAUAAAGCAUACUCUAUAUUUACUAGAUAAAUACUGCUAUAUACAUAUCCUGUAGUUUGAUACAGCUCGUAAGCACUUUAAUGUUUUUUAAUAUAAGGUAGAUGGACCUAAAUGUUAACCGACAGGAGAUUAUAUAACUCAAACCAAAAAAUUAAUUUAUACAAUAUAUUGAUAUACAAUAUAAUAUUCAGGUAGUAUCACUUAACUUGGAAAGUAGCAGUUUAACACCGUUUGUAUUAAAGCAUUAAAUUGUUCUCGAGUAGAUGCAGGAGUCUUUCAUAAUCUUCAUGAAACAUCUGUGUGUUUUCCCUGGUAUGAUAACAUUAAAUGAAUGGUGAAAAAACGUGUGUAUCAGUAUCACUGUCAUAUAAUUCACCAACGUUUCAGACAAAUUAUCAGCUAUACUGUCUUUUGCUGUGGUGUUUUAACUGUCAAGUAAUCACUACUGCUGAUUGUGCCUACACAUAUCGAAUGAUGAUGCAAAAAUCUAAUAUUUUGUAAACUUAACGCUGUAAAACUUGUUCAUGGUUUGUAAUGGAUUUUUGUUAGAUUUUCAGUAUAGAACACGUCUCAACUCCAAAUAUGACAAGUGUGAAACUGUAACUGAAAAUACUGAAAAUGUUUGUGUCCAGCUGCUACAAUCUGCAGUGCUGUCUAAUGUACUCCGGUUCACUUAUAGUGACAUAUUUUCAAAAUGUUGUUUAUAGUAUUUCACAAAAAUCUAGAUUUCUUCACUGUGAUGCGUGAAACAACUUUUAACAAGAUGAGAAUUUUGAAGUGUGAUGCUAACUUUGUUUAAACUUUGAGUGAUCCGGUUUGUGUUUUUUUUUUUUUUUUUGAAGUCAACAGGUAAUUAUAAUUUUCAGAUGGCUUAUAAAUUAUCUCUAGUUGAGCACUGAGAUUUCUUUCCCUACUGAAAUACUGAUCUUGAAUAAAGAGAGACAAAA